ACAAAUACUAAAAUAUUAUUACUAAUUUAUCUGUCUUUAUCUUUCCAUUUUGAUGUGCAUACAUAACAAUAUCAUUCCUACCUCACUGCAAAUUAAAAGCUUCACAAAUUACAGAGACACAGCAGUGGUUUGAUUUUCUUAAAAAAACUGUUCAGUUUUCAGUUUUCAGUUGUUUGUUUUAAUUUUAUAUAGAGGAUUAGAUCUAAGAGACAGAGAGAUAUUUUAUUGUUUCUGAAAUGGAUAAUAAAAGCUGUCAAUCUUCUGGUGAUUCUACAAUCACCAGCAGCAACACCAAUCAUAAUUCAGAUCACUAUCUCAAAAACCUCAAUAAACUCUCUCACAAGAUCUCUAAACCAAUCAUACCUAGAAAGCCUCCGACGUCGUUUGACCACGGGCAAUCCUUCAAUAAUGCUCACACUACUUCUAAUGCCAAUCAGCCUCAACCUCAGCCGGCGCAGCAUCAACCGCCGGUCUACAAUAUCAACAAGAGUGAUUUCCGUGACGUCGUUCAGAAGCUCACCGGAUCUCCGUCUCAUGACAGGUACUCUGCUCCGCCGCCUAUUCAUCCGCCUAAGCCUCAAAGCUCUCGUUUGCAGCGUAUACGCCCUCCGCCUCUCGCGCAUGUUACCAACCGUCCUCCUCCUUUGCUAAACAGCGCUCCUAUUCUUAAUCAGCAACCGUCACUGUCUCAACCUCUCAACGCUCCCAUGAGUCAUCUUCAUAUGUCUAUGCCGCGGCCUCCUUCGGCUCCUCUUUCGCCGUUACCUCCUUUUCCGUCGGUUCAUCCGGCGGCUGAAUCUCCGGUCUCUGCUUAUAUGCGUUACCUUCAGAACUCGAUGUCAGCCUCCACCGCUCUUUCCGGCGGCGUUGAUUCUAAUAAUAAGCAGUUUUCAGGAUUCUCUCCGUUAGCACCGCUGGUCUCUCCUAGGUGGAAUAACCUAGCUCCUCCUCCUUCUCAACAACAGCAACCGUUUGCUCCUCCGCCGCAGAUGAUGAUGCCGCAGUUCCAGUUGCCGACGUCUCCGUCGCCUUUUGGAUGCUUGAACUCACCGAAAUCGCCUCAUCCUUUCUUUUCACCAGGCUCAUUACUGUCACCGUCAGCAUUUCCAUUGUCUCCGACAUUACCGGUGGCCAGUCCUAGGUGGAGAAGUCUUUGACUUUGACUUCUUUUUUCUCAUCUUCAGAUCAGGUAAGUGUAAUUUCUGAUGUCGUAAACGAUGUGGUUUAAAAUUUAGAAAGGAAUUCCUUUUUGUUAGGAUAUUAAAUCAUUUGUAUAUAGCUCAGUCAGGGGGUUGGGUUAAUUGGAUUCACCAGUGGUAAGUGGUAACGCUGGUUUCUUUUACAAGGUUGUUAUUUUUUUUAUGUAAAUAGAUUAGAUAAAGAAAUAUGUUAAACAGCAAAACUUUUGUAAUUUGUUCUAUGUUUUUUUGCUAUUGGUGCUUCUGUCUCUUA